AUGUCCGGCAGCGGCGGCCGCAGCCGCGAGAAGACGUGCUGCGGCAGCUGCUGCACGCUGCUCGUCUCCCUGGGCGUCGUCGUGCUCAUCUACUGGGCCAUCUUCCAGCCGCACCAGAUACGCGCCCGCGUGGACUACGCCGAGCUCUCCAACCUCACAGUCUCCAACGCCUCCUCCUCCUCCGCCGCCGUCGCGGUGUCCUACCACGUCGCCGUGAACCUGAGCCUGUACAACCCCAGCAAGCGCGUCAACAUCUACUACGACACCCUGGACGCGGAGCUCCGGUACCGCGGCGCCGUCCUGAGCCCGGCCGCGACCGCGACCGCGGCUGCGUCCCCCGCCGUGUUCUACCAGCGCCGGAAGUCCGCGCAGGCGGUGAGCCUCGUGUUCGACGGGAAGGGCGUCGCCGUCCCCGGCGGCGACGACGUCGGGAGGCAGCUGGAGGGCGAGGUGAAGGCCGGCGUGAAGCUGGGCCUGGAGCUCAACGUCGACGCGCGGGUGAGGUACGUGUUCGGGAGCAUCAAGAUACGGCAGAAGCCGACGGUCUGGUGCGCGCUCAGCAUCCCCGUCCCGUCGGGGCCGGGCGGCAUGGGCAUUCUUGGCUCCGGCGACCGGUGCUGGGUCAAGUACCGGUGA